GCUAAGGAGAUUAGCAGAGAGCAUUGGACACUCUUAAACAACGCUGGAGAGGAAUUAAUUGGCUUUUACUUUGUGGGGAGUUGCGGUUAUAAAACCCUAUAAUGUCUACUCCAGUUCUCCUGAGCCCCAAAAAUGAACUCUCCGUUCGUCCUUCCAAAUGUCCUGAAGAAAAACACAGGACAGAUUUGAAAAAUCCAGCAGCUGCAAAACAUCAGGAUGAGCCUCUUCUUCGGGAUAACCCCAAUCGGUUUGUUAUCUUUCCGAUCCAAUACCAUGAUAUGUGGCAGAUGUACAAAAAGGCAGAGGCAUCAUUUUGGACUGCCGAGGAGGUUGACUUGUCAAAGGACUUGGCACACUGGGGUUCUCUGAAACCAAAUGAAAAACACUUUAUUACACAUGUUCUGGCAUUCUUUGCUGCGAGUGAUGGAAUUGUAAAUGAGAAUCUGGUGGAACGAUUCAGUCAAGAGGUCCAAGUCACUGAAGCUCGUUGUUUCUAUGGUUUCCAAAUUGCCAUGGAGAAUGUUCAUUCUGAAAUGUACAGUCUCCUUAUUGAUGCCUAUGUCAAGGAUCCAAGUGAGAGGGAAUCCUUGUUUAAUGCAAUCAAAACAAUGCCAUGCAUCAAGAAGAAGGCUGACUGGGCCUUGCGGUGGAUUGCUGAUCAAGAAUCUACAUUUGGGGAACGUGUGGUUGGCUUCGCUGCUGUUGAGGGAAUCUUUUUCUCUGGGUCCUUUGCUGCUAUUUUCUGGUUGAAGAAACGCGGAUUGAUGCCAGGUCUGACUUUCUCCAACGAAUUGAUCAGUAGGGAUGAAGGUCUACACUGUGACUUUGCCUGCUUGAUCUUCAAACACUUGGUUCACAAGCCCUCUGAAACUAGAGUCCGAAAAAUUAUCACUGAAGCAGUGAGGAUUGAGCAGGAGUUUGUGACUGAAUCUCUCCCUGUGGACCUGAUUGGAAUGAACUGCACUCUGAUGAAAUAUUACAUUGAGUUUGUGGCUGAUCGCUUGCUAAUGGAGUUAGGUUUCAGUAAGAUCUUUAAAACUGAAAACCCUUUUGACUUCAUGGAAAACAUUUCUCUGGAAGGGAAGACUAAUUUCUUUGAAAAGAGAGUUGCUGAGUAUCAGCGAAUGGGUGUGAUGUCCAAAGCAGAAGAUAACAACUUCACGCUAGAUGCUGACUUCUAGUUUCUAAUAUGAUGUUGCAGGAAUGAAGCAUCAACAUGAUUAGUAUGAAACGUUUGGGCAUCAGAGACUAGCUCUUAUGUUCUACUGUUUGACUAUUCCUUUUUACAGCUGGUAUAUUUUAACUGAUCUGGAAAGAACUCCUGAAGGUACUGCAGCACGUGUAAUUUUGUAUGCCAGUCUUUACUAUAAUCCUUUGGGUUAUUUUGUUUAGGCAACAAUCAAAAUUUAAUUUUAAAUGUGGUUUAUGAAAUGUAAUAGAGCUGAUUCUAGUCUGCUGAAGACAAACCAUUUUAAAUGGUUUACCAGCUUUCAUUUUAUUAGUUACAUUUUUUAUAGCUGAAUAAUUGACCUAAAUCCAUUAUCUUCAAUAUCUGAUGAGAAUUCUCAACUUGUACAUCACACGACAGAAUUUUAAAGAUCUCUCCUUAUGCACAUAAGGUUAUCAUGAUUUCUGAAUUGCUCAUGCGCAAAUGAUGGAAGACCCUAGUUCAGAGACUUUGUUGGCGGGGUCAAUGCAUGAGGAUGGAAUUUCUGAUUAGUGUCAAAUUUCACACACAACUUAAUUUCAGAGUAUCUUUUCUUUUUCUUAAAAAAAAGUCUUGAAAGCAAGUUGUCCAAUAUUAAAACUGCAGUAGCUGUGCAAAUGAAUAUGCUUAAUGGGUUCCUUUAGGUCAUAUGUCUGAGCUGCUUAGUAUUGAGCUCCCACUUCUCAGACUGGUGUUAACACGAGCCUACAAGAUGAAUUUCAGCUUGUAGUGUCUUAUUUUGAACAUCAUUUUUUGAGUCCAUGUCUAAGAAUUGUGUAUUGUAGCAUUUUUAAAUGAAACGGACAGCUCUAGAAUUUGGUCUAACAAAUUUGGCAUAUUGGUGUUUGACUAAGCUUUUUUCAUAUUUUAGUUUUCUAUCUGAAUUGCAUUUGGUAAAGUUAAAAAUCACACAACACCAGGUUAUAAUCCAACAGGUUUAAU